AUAAAUCUCUAAGCUAUUUGGGUAUUAAAAUUGGAUACGAUUAUAAUACAUUAUUUAAUAACAAUUAUGUACCUUUGAUUAAAACUUUGAAAAAGGACCUAGAGAAUUGGCAUGAUAAGCCAAUUUCAUGGAUUGGCAGAAUUCAUUCUAUAAAAAUGAAUAUUUUACCGAGGCUUUUAUUUCUAUUUCAAGCAUUGCCUAUAAAGGUCUGUAAAGAGGACUUAUUGGGUGUUCAGAAAGCUAUAGACACAUUUAUUUGGCAGGGCAAGCGACAUAGGAUAGCUAGAACUCUCUUGUAUAGACCGAGAGUUAAAGGGGGACUAGGUCUCCCCAAUUUAAUUAUUUAUUAUUAUGCAGCCCAAUUGGCUCAAAUUGUUGGUUGGCAUGCAAAUCAAGGGAAAUACAGAUGGGCGGAUAUGGAGGAAGAUUUAAUGACACCAGACUCGCCAGGGUUGUAUAUGUGGUUGAAUAAGGUUUCAAGACCAGGGUUGAAACAAAUAUGCCCUUCUACGGCAAACUCCCUCCACAUUUGGGAUAAACUUAAGUUAAAACAUGGUCUAACUAAUUUCCCUUCACCCAUGACCCCUGUUUUUCGGAAUAGACAAUUUAUUCCUG